AAAAAGGCAAGUCAAUAAUUGUAUUGUUGAUAUUCAUUUCAGUUAAACCACAUUUAAAAAAAAUAAAUAAAAGUAAAUUAAAAUAUUAAUUCAUAGUCGAUGCAUAUUUUCAACUUUUCUUCAGGUUCAGACACAGAUGACGACGACGACGACGACGAUGAGGAAACCCCCAAAAAGAAAACAAAGAAAAAAACAAAAAAGGACAGCUCUCCUUCUGAAAGUUCUGCCAAAGAGAAAAAAAACAAAUCUAAAGAGGAUAAAGACUCUGAUGGAAAAGAAAAAAAGUCUAAGUCAAAGGAAAAGGACAAGGACAAGAAGAAGGAACCAGCUUCAAUGUUUAUGAUAAAUGGAGAAAAAGACUCAAAAAGCAAAAAGAAAGCUGCCAAGUCAGAAAGUGAUGACAGUGAAGAGGAGACUAAGUCAAAGUCAAAGAAGAAAUCCACCUCCGGUUCGGCAUCCAUGUUCCAAACAUCAACAGAUAAGGACAAAGACAAGAACAAAGAAAAGAAGACAAAGAAAAAAGGAAAGGCAGAAGAGAGUGAUGAAUCUGAGUCCGAAAAAGAAGAGAAGUCUAAGAAGAAGAAGGGGAAAGGGAAAAAGAAAAAGGAGAGAGCUCCCUCACCUGAGAUUGAAUUUGACAACUUGGAAGAUUUUGUGAUGCAGCCAGCUCCACAAGGUGUGACUGUCAAAUGCAGAGUGACUCGGGACCAGAGAGGGGUGGAUAAGAGCCUCUACCCUCUGUAUUACCUUCAUCUAGACAAUGACAAAAAGACGUUCCUGUUGGCUGGGAGGAAGAGAAAGAAAAGCGCAACGUCAAAUUACCUCAUCUCCAUUGAUGCCACAGACUUAUCAAGAGGUGGUGAGAAUUUUGUAGGAAAACUGAGGUCAAAUUUAAUGGGGACUAAGUUCACUGUGUUUGACAAUGCCCUGAAUCCAGAAAGAGCUCUUCCAGAUAUGUCCAACGCACGGCAAGAGUUAGCAGGCAUUAUCUAUGAAACAAAUGUACUUGGAAUAAAAGGGCCCAGAAGGAUGACUGUAGUCAUUCCAGGAAUGAGUAAAGACAACGAGAGAGUCCCUCUCAAACCAAGAAAUGAAUGUGACGGCUUGUUGAUAAGGUACCAGAAUAGAAGGAUGGAUAAUUUGAUCGAACUUCGCAACAAGACGCCCGUGUGGAACGAAGAAACUGCGUCUCAUGUGCUAAACUUCAAUGGUAGAGUCACUCAGGCCUCCAUCAAGAACUUCCAGAUCGUUCACAGCAAAGACUUGGACUACAUUGUGAUGCAAUUUGGGCGAAUAGCUGAUGAUAUUUUCACGCUGGACUACAACUACCCCAUGUGUGCCGUCCAGGCCUUUGCCAUCGCACUUUCCAGCUUUGAUGGCAAAAUCGCUUGUGAAUAAAACAAAAAUCAUCAGCUGUUUAUUAAACGCUGAUAUCAGAGUGCAACAAGCCCACAUCUACAUCAGACCAACCAAUGUCUUGACCCCCUUCCUCCCCAACCACCCUUACAAUUGUAGGAAACAAAAUGUCAACCUUAUAGUGGUUUUAUAAGGCACAGAGCAGUUUUGAAAUUUCAGUAGAAAAAUCUGAAUUUUGUGAACAUAAAACAGCAUACGGUUCUCCAAAGGACUUCCAUGCAUGCAGAGUCAUGAGCUUUAGAGCAACUCAGUGAUGAAGCCGUUGAAAGAGUCAUCUAAAGAUGUUUAUAUUUGUGUUUUCUUUUCUUUGUUAUGCUAUGUUGUAUAGAGUUCUUGAAAAGGGCCACUUCCUAAAGGCCAGCUGUUUUUUGUGUCACGUGUGACCGUGAGAUGCAAAUAUACAAAAAGAUGCAGAUUUUUCGGCCAGAUCCAUUGUCUUUUUGACUUUUUCUUUUGGAUGAGACAGAGGAUAUAAUGUUAACUUGAAGAUUAUAACAGCUGUUUUAUAUGAUGGAGUGUCCAAAGAUUUUUUGUGUCAAGUAUUUUUAAAACAACACAUUUAAAAGUGUAGCCUUUUUAAAGAACAGGAGUUAGUUUAGUUCAGGGUAUCACGGUUUAAUAAUUCAGUUCAAUUCUGUGCCCAUUUCAGAUAACUUUGUCUGAUUUGAGUUAGUGCAGGUUUUUUUUUAUUUACGUGACUUUGGUUUAAAAUUUUGUAAAAUUCCUGUCAUUUUCUUGAACAUUGCCUUUGUUGUG